AUGAAAGGCGGUAACUUUUCAAAUAAAAAGCAGAGCGGUGGUAGUUCUUACCACAAUUCUAACCGUUCCCAUGCGACAUCUCAAGCUAUGUUUGCCGAAAGUCCUGAAACUUUAGCAUCUUUUACUGAUCGUCAAGAUUAUUUGUUCGUUAACAGUAUUGGUUCUGAAGUAACUGCAACUUUGUUUUCAGGGACUAAGUUUUCAGGUAUCUUAUCUGCCUACAAUCCAGAAUCAAAAGAAGGAAUUGAAAUUGUCCUAAAAUUUCCAAAACUAGUCGAUGUUGGUUUUUCCGAUAUUGACACUAAGGACUCUGAGACAAAAUUGGGAGAAACUUUACUAUUCCAUGGGAAAGAUGUUGCUGAGCUUGAAUUAAACAACAUUUCCUUUAGUUUGGAUGAGAAAUAUGAACAAGCUAACAAAAAAAGGGAAAUUAUUUCUCAACAACCAAUAAAACAACAGAAUACAACAAGUCACACUGAACAAUCAUCAAAAUUCAAGACUGACGUUGACAUUUCAAAAUCAGCACCAAAGAUUAAAGAACGUGAACUUCAAAAAUGGGCACCAGAGGCUGAUGAUAGCUCUGCUUUGAACCAGGGCCUGGAUGACGGUUCUUCGAAUUGGGAUCAAUUUGCUGUCAAUGAAAAGAAAUUCGGUGUUACUUCUUCAUAUGAUGAGCAUUUCUACACUACCAAGAUUGAUAAGAGUCAUCCAGAAUAUAGAAAAAGACUGCAAGAAGCUGAAAAAUUGGCAAAAGAAAUUGAAUCUCAAGGCUCUUCCAAUAUCCAUGUUGCUGAAGACAGAGGUCUAAUUAUCGACGAUUCUGGAAUGGAUGAGGAAGACAAGUAUUCUGGUGUUGAUAGACGAGGGGAUGAAUUAUUAGCAGCAUUAAAAUCGAACACAAAGCCGAUAGAAAACAAACCAAGUAAAUAUGUUCCCCCAACUUUAAGACAUCAACCUCACCAUAUUGAUCCUGCAAUCAUUUCAUCAGUUACUGAACAGUCUACUGUAGGUGCUCCAGCAUCUACUAUGAAGGCUGGACCAACUUUGAACACAAAGAAUAUUGAAGGUAAAAGUGAUAGUACCAAGAUUUCAUACUCAAAUGUUGUUAAGAAUGGCAUUCAAAAAACUAUUUACUCUGUUGGAACUUCUACCAAAGAGAACUUUAAUUCUAAAGAAACACAAAUUGAAGAUUUAAAAAAGUUUUCUCAAAAAUUUAAAGUUCCUUUCAAAGUUCCUGAAGAUAUGAAGGAAGUUGUUAAAAAGAGUGAAGAACCAAAGGAUUCAAAUAGUACCAAGGGUAGUUCCAAAGCAUCAUCUUCUGGUAAAGGAACUGACGGGAAACGUCCAUCUAUUUCCUCAAGAAGACGUCAUGCUACUAUCUUUUUUGGAAGCCAAGGUUUGCCACACUCUAAUAAUCGCAAGAAGGAGAUUUUUAAUAAUAAUUUCAAUAUGUUUGAAAGUGCGAAGGCCUCAUAUGAUAAAAAUAUUGAAAAAGCAGAAAGUGAAAUGGGCAAGGAAGAAAAAAUCAUGCAACCGUUCAUAAUAGAAAAACCCUACUUCACUGCUCCAACUUGGGAAAGUACUAUCGAAAAAUCUCACAAAGCAUUAUUCCCUGAUGAAAGAGUACUCGUCCAGAAAGCCCAAAUGAGAUUACAACAAAGACAAAUGAGAUCGUAUGACCCUAAUAUGGGCAAUCACCAAAUGCAGAUGGCUAUGGGUGGUAUGAUUGGUUAUCCAAUGUCUACUGCUGGAAUAAAUCCCCUCAUGAAUGGUGGUAUGAGUAUGUAUGUCCCAAUGCAACAACCAAUGAUGUAUCCUGGAAUGGUUCCUCAGAUGGUGGGUGUGAUGGGUUCUUCCGGAAAAGAAGGAGCGAAAGGAAUGUCACCACAACAACAGUACCAGUCAUUAGGCUAUGGUGGGCCAGCACCUGUCCAUCUUGGUAACCCGUAUAUGUACCAAGGCGGUAUGACAUUUAAUCAAGGUAUGGCAGGGCAUUCACAACCUCAAAAUUCUCACUACAAACCAAAUAGCCACCACAACAGCAACUUCAACCGUCAUAAUAAUAACAAUAACAUUUAUUACUAUAACAAUAAUAAUUAUAAAAACAAUAAUAACUCACAUUACAAUAAUCAUUACCGUAACAACAACGCUAAUGGACACCCUACUAAAAAUCAAGGAAAUGGUUCAGAAUCAAAUAAAAAUUCCAAUACACAAGAACCAACAUCAAAAAAUGUUAAUGAAUGA